UUCGCGUUAUCUAUCCUCUUCCAGAUGACGGAGGGCCGUCAGUGUCAGGUUCACCUCCUGGAUGGCAGGAAGCUGGAGCUGCUGGUUCAGCCCAAGCUGCUGUCCCGUGAGCUGUUAGAUCUGGUGGCCUCACACUUUAUCCUGAAGGAGAAAGAAUACUUUGGGUUGUGCUUCAUAGAUGACACUGGCCAGAAUAACUGGCUCCAGCUGGAUCGUAAAGUACUUGAUCAUGACUUCUCCAAGUCCUCAGGGCCUUUGGAACUCAAGUUCCUGGUGAGGUUUUAUAUCGAGAAGAUCACCUUCUUGAAAGACAACAACACAGUGGAGCUGUUCUUCAUGAACGCAAAAUCUUUAGUGUUUAAUGAGACCAUCGAAGUGGAGAGUGAAAAUGUUUUCAAGUUAGCCGGAUUCGCAUUGCAGGAGGCCAAAGGAGAUUACACAAGUGCUGAGACUGCCAGAUCAGACCUGAAGCAGCUCCCAGUUCUGCCCACCAGAGUAUUAAGGGAGCACCCAUCUCUCAACUACUGUGAGGACAAAGUGAUUGAACAUUACAAGAAGCUGAAGGGACUGACCAGAGGACAAUCCAUUGUGCAGUAUCUGGCCCUGGUGGAGUCCCUGCCGACAUACGGAGUCCAUUAUUACCCAGUGAAGGACAAACAAGGAAUACCGUGGUGGCUGGGAGUCAGCUACAAAGGCAUCGGCCAGUAUGAUCUGCAGGAUAAACUGAAGCCCAGAAAGCUCUAUCAGUGGAAGCAGUUAGAGAAUUUGUAUUUCCGCGAGAAGAAAUUUGCAGUAGAAGUGAACGACCCACACAGAAGAACAGUGACCAAGCGAACUUUCGGGCAGACUGGGCUGGUUAUCCACACAUGGUAUGCCAGCCACUCUCUGAUUAAAACCAUCUGGGUGAUGGCCAUCAGUCAACACCAGUUCUAUCUGGACAGGAAGCAAAGCAAAUCAAAGAUGACCACGACCAGGAGUACAGGAGACAUUGCCAUGGACCUGACAGAGAUCUGCGCUCCACGGAUCACUAAACUCUCCAGCAUCGAGAGCAGAGACCAGCUUAUCAUGGCCAGCAACGGAAGCCUCAUUUCAGCCGGUUCUGCUGACUCUGAAGUCAGCGAGGAACAGAAGAAAGAAAAAGUGGCGGAGUUGAAAAAGAAAGAAAAGGACCUUCAAGACACACUGACGCGGAAACUCGAGGAACUGAAGAAAAUCUGCAUGAGAGAAGCUGAGCUUACUGGCAGAUUGCCUAAAGAAUAUCCCUUAGCCACAGGUGAGAAGGCUCCUCACGUACGCCGCCGCGUUGGGACGGCCUUCAAGCUGGAUGACAUGUUCCCCUAUGAUGAGGACCCACAUCUAAGGAAUCUGGAGAGCAGAUUCGCCUUGCAGCAAAAGAUAGUGGAAGCAGCCAUCAAGUUGUCCAACGAGGGCGACCUCUGCAAGACGGUGAAGAAAAAGAGGAGAAACAACUGUCUGGACGCGAUGAGGAAGCUGGAGGAGAUUGAGAGGGAGAUCAACGCCUACAGGAUCAAGAAAGGGAAGAAACCUACCCAGAGAGCGUCACUGAUCUUAGCAGAUGAUGUCAACCCUUCAGACCUCAGCUCUCUAUCUGACAGUCUCACUCUGGAUGAUGAUGAUGAGCUCACUUCCCAGAGGCAGCGCUCCAGAUCAGUCCAGUAUUCCCCAAGACCGCACCAUGCAGAAACACUGGACAUCCACUACAACAAUGACAGACGGGCCUCUGCCAAUGACCAGCAUGCAGACAGCAGAUUAAAUUACAGCCAAGUCCAGGAAUCACUCCACUACAGUCACCGCGAUGCCUUAUCAAGCCACAGCAGCCCAUUUAAACCGGCUUCCAGACAGCCACGUGACGCCCGCAGCAUGCCCCCCACCCCUGUGCUCACCCGCAAUGCCUACAGCAGCACCCAGCUCAGAUCAGAGGAUGCUCCACAACAUCUGCGCCAGCGCAGCGGCAGUCUGGAGUCCCAGUCUCAGCUCCUGACAGAGAACGAACUUACCGUGCCAACAUUCACCUUCUCCCCAGCCCGACGCAGCAACAGCACUGAGGUCCUCGAUGACGGCUCCUCCUACACAAGCCAGUCCAGCGUUGAGUACAGCGCCCCCGGUAACCACACCCACAGGCGCAGAGCUCGCGGCCGCCACAGAAAAGACAUGUACGCCAACACAGGCAGCAUGCCUAACCUGGCUCAGCCAGACACCCGCUGCUACGCCUACCAGCCACGGGCCAGACCCACCACGACAGCCUACUAUGUGACAGGUUAUCCCAGCUACGCAGAACCUGAGCCUUACUCCAACGGAGUCUACAUGUACGAAAACGAAAUGGAGGGACACUACAACGUCAAUCCUUCAUAUCACCACGCCACGGCUGCUUAUCACAGUCACGACAUGCACAGUCACUACAGUAACGAUGAAAUAGACGGCAUGUCACAGAACCCGUACGCCACGCUGCGGCCACCCAGGAACCGCCAGGUGCCCCGCAGCAACGAGCAGGUCGGCAAGAACAUCCAGAAGGCUUUGGUGGCUGAACACCUGAGAGGAUGGUACCAUCGCAACGCCGCACACAAACAGGCGGCAUACAACUACGACUACGACAGAGGCUCCCAGCAGAGCCUGGGCUACCAGACCAUGCCCUCACCCUACAGCCACAACAACAGGAACAUUGCCUACUCCUCAGUGUCCUCGGUGUCCUCCAGUGCAAACUGGCACAGCCACAUGAGUGGUGGUGCUAUGUCGGAAUACAACAUGCCCAUGCACGCGCCGCAGUCCUACUCCUACACUACCACCCCCUACAGCCACUCCGCCCACAACAGAUAUGGCGCCUCCCAGCUUUUAAAGGGCUCCUGGCACAGCCCUGAUGGCCAGAGGCGCUGUGCCUUUUUCCCCGCUAGUUCUUCCUCCUCCACUUCCUCCCUGCCCUCCUCUUCCUUCCCCUCCUCCUCCUUUUCCCCGGGUGUUCGGGUCAGGCAGGUGGCCUCCAGCCCUGCGCAGCCACAAUCCUCCAGAGGGCACAGGCACAGUAAGGUGUCCUUUACUAAAGAUGUCCCCCAGAGUUUCAGUGGCGGAGCUGUGAUAGGAUGGCGUGCCCUGUGGGGCCUUUAGAGAGGCGCGGUGCUGUUGCCUUUGCUACUGACCAGGAAAAAUUAACCCCCUCCCCCCCCAGUAAUCAGUCACAGCACAGAA